AUGCCGAAAAAAAUAACUGAACAUUGUAAACAGUAUUGUGCUAAUAGACCUAUCGAUUUAAAGUUAUUUAAAGAUUUUGAUACAACCUGCUGUAAAGAACGUGCUAUUGAUUGGUAUACGCGAAAUUGUUUUUUAAAUCCUUUAAUAAACGUUACACUUCGUUCAAACAGUAUUGAUAUGAUUAUAGAUUUUUGUCCCAUUAUUGCCGAUAUUCAUGAUCAGUUGAAUGAAAUGCAAUCGAAAUUCUUCUGCGAUUUUUACCAUCCACUACAUAUUUUUCAAUACAUGACAAAAACUGAAUUUGACAGUUUAGCAUCUCACAUAGGCGGUUAUAUUUCAAACAAUACUUUUUUUUUAACACAACGGUCAAGUAGUAUGGCUGUAUUAUUUGUUGACGAAGGCAGCAGUGAAAAUGGUUUAUUGAAAUCAGUUCUGUUUGAAAUUGAGAUUGGUAAUAAGUCUUCAAAACCGUGGGCGGAUAUAAGUGAUAAAAGUUUUUAUCGAGAUAAUGAAAUAUUAUUGACAGUCGGUAAUAUAUUCAGAAUUGAAUCAAUCGAAGACUUUAACAACGUUACGUUAAUUUAUCUCACGCUAUACUGUGAUGGUAAAUCUGAUAUAAUAAAAAGGAUGAAUGAUCAUUUUGAUAUUGCUAUGUUACAAUUAAUCGAAAUAUUUCCGAAAAUAUCACGAAAAACUGAUAGAAUUAAUGAAAGAAUGUUUGAAAAAUGUAAAUUCUAUUAUGCACAUGAUCCUAUUAAACUAGCUAAAAUUAAAGAAUUUGAAAAAACAUAUAAAUUUGACGCCGUUAUACGAUGGUAUACAAAAGAUACAUUUUUAUAUCGUUUGGUGAAUUUAGCACUUCGAAAUGAAAAUAUUGAUAUGAUUUUAGAUUUACGUUAUUUUAUUAUUGAUUUGUGUGAUGAAUUAACAAAGAUGAAUAUUGAUUACAUUCGUAAUAUUAAAAAGCUCAGAUUAACUGUGUAUAAAGGAUAA